UCCUCACUUGCGGAAAAGUUUGCGCCGCGGCAAUUGCGCAACCGUUUGGCUUGAAGAUUCGUGACCACAGCUGCUUUAGCAGGGAGCGGAGGGUGGAAUUUACCUUUAGGGGAAGUUUGGAUUUCGGGAAGAAAGGCUAACCUCGGCCUCUCCCAACCCUGCAGGCCAGCGGAGAAGGGAGCUUGGCUGUAUCGGGGAAAUGGCGCCGGCCGUGGACUGAAGGGCCGCUGUAGCAAGUUGCGGACAGUCCCUGGUUAAUUAUUGUUAUCUGCAAGUAGCGAUCACGGGCAGCAAACUGCCCGACGCCGGUGUAUCUGCGCUGCAAAAUCAUAUCCCCUUAAUGUCAGUCAUCCUGACUGGCUUCAAACGAAAUUUUUGGUUGCUGUGCUAAAGUUCGAAGAUCUCGACCCAGGGCAGAGAAAGAGGAACGGAGCGGAGAAGCCUCGGCUCGCUGCAUCCGCUUUGCACACAUCUCUUCCUGCCAGCCCACCGCCUCUCCCCCAGCCCUUUCUCUGCAAUGGAGACCCGAACAAGGGCGGUUGCGUGCGACACUGCCAAGGGGACCGGGGCCCUUUACCGGGCUCUUCUCGCCAGUGCAACCAGCUGCCCCUCUCCUGUGCCUUUAAAGUUCGUAGGGGUGCAUUUCUAGCGCGAGAGAAGAAACAAGCAAAAUCAAGAGGAAAGGGGCAACUGUAGAUGGAGAGGAAUCAAAAGUGGGAUGGGGAACGAGCCCCGAGUGCCUUUGUCUCAAACGGUGAACGCCGCUUCCUACCUGACGCCAUGCCGACCCGGGAAGGGGCUCCGCUUCUGCCGAGCGAGCGAAACGUUCUAACCGGCUGUCCAGGUGCUGGUGAGUCAGGCAAGAGCACAAUUGUCAAACAGAUGAAAAUUAUUCAUCAAGAUGGUUACUCAAAAGAAGAAUGUCUGGAGUUCAUAUCUGUCAUAUAUGGCAACAUACUACAGUCCAUCCUGGCCAUCAUCAGAGCCAUGAUCACUUUGGGGAUAGAUUAUGGUGAUUCCAGUCGAGCGGAUGAUGGACGACUGCUGUUCAACUUGGCUGACUCCAUUGAAGAAGGAACCAUGCCUCCAGAGCUAGUGGAAUGUAUAAAGAGACUCUGGAAAGAUUCAGGUGUUCAGGUCUGCUUUGACCGAGCAGCUGAGUACCAGCUCAACGACUCUGCUUCAUACUACUUGAAUGAACUGGACAGGAUCACAGCUGCCAAUUACCUCCCCACUGAACAAGAUGUACUGCGAUCACGAGUUAAGACCACAGGUAUCAUAGAGACAAAAUUCUCCGUCAAAGAUCUCAACUUCAGGAUGUUUGAUGUGGGUGGGCAGAGAUCAGAGCGCAAGAAAUGGAUCCACUGCUUUGAAGGGGUGACCUGCAUCAUUUUCUGUGGGGCUCUCAGUGCUUAUGACAUGGUGUUGGUAGAAGACGAUGAAGUGAACCGCAUGCAUGAAUCUCUGCAUCUAUUCAACAGCAUAUGCAAUCACAAGUUCUUUGCUGCCACCUCUAUUAUUCUCUUCCUGAACAAGAAGGACCUCUUUGAGCAAAAGAUCAAGAAAGUACACCUCAAGAUUUGUUUCCCAGACUAUGACGGUCCCAAUACAUAUGAUGAUGCAGGAAACUACAUCAAGCAUCAGUUCCUUGACCUGAACAUGAGAAAAGAUGUGAAAGAAAUCUACAGUCAUAUGACCUGUGCCACAGACACACAGAACGUCAAAUUUGUAUUUGAUGCAGUGACGGAUGUCAUCAUCAAAGAGAAUCUCAAGGACUGUGGUCUCUUCUAAGACUUCAGCUUUUUAAACAGGAAAAACUUCCAGUUAGCUUCACUGUUCUGCUAAGCAGAGCCAACGGAGUAAACAAGUCACUAAAAACAGAAAGAGUCCAUACUUUUCUACAACCCAUCCAUGACACAAAUGGCAUAGCACCAACAAGGUAUGAAGAAACAAAGCUAAAAACUUCCCAUAUCCUAACUGUAUUCUUUGGUAGCAGUCUGUAAGCCCUCAAACCACUAUUUGCAAGACAGACAACACAAUCUUGUCUGCAAACAAAGAAUCAAGCACGUGACACUGGACCUUCCUGUGCUUAUGCAACCACAUCAAAAAAAGUAUGUCUGUGGGAAUGACAGAACCAAUGCUUUUGUGGAUUCUUUGAUAGAACUAUUCAGUUCCUAAUCUAUAAACGGUCUGAACAAAGGUUCUGCUGAGUGUGAUCAUAAAGGGUUGAAAAAUUCAAGUCAAACAUAAUUUCAAUAAUAAUAAAUAACAUUCGAUUUAUAUACCGCCCUUCAGGAUGACUUAACAUCCACUCAGAGCGGUUUACAAAGUAUGUCAUUAUUAUCCCCACAAUAAUGAUAUAGCAUGAACCUACUAGUUUAUAAAUAAGCCCUGAAGAUUAGAAGGUGUUUUUCAAACUUGCACUGAAUAUGUUAUUUGCAGUUCUCUGAAACUGGUGCAAUUUGUCUCCACAGCCUUAAGUAAAUAGUUUGUUUGCUUUAGUCUCCAACUCUACCCACACACAUUAGAGGAUUCUGUGACCCCAGUGAUUUACUUUCUCCACAACCACUCAACCCAGAGAGCUCAGCAGUACUGAUCCCAGCUCAAUGCUUUACCUGUUUGCUGUGGAGACUAUUGCUCCACUCGCCUCACUAACCCGAUUCAAGAGUUCACAGCAAUAUGCAAAAGAAAACCAUGGACAUAGGGUUAGAGAACAUCUCCACGCACAUAGGAAAUAGAGAAAAAUGAUAUGUGGAAGUGGUUAUGUCAGGAUUCUCACUCUGCUAUUUAGGGCUGUAUUUGUUCUUGACCAUUUGUAAAUACAUCUGAUGUUACUGUAGACAAGAUUCUCUUUGUAUCAAUAUUACUGCAGAGAAUCACUUAUACAGCUUCAACUAACUGUAGAAAAUCCAAAAAUAAAGAAAUGCACAUAAAAAGCAUGGCGACGGUGUUGUGUUUUGAAAAAUAACUUAACAUUUUUCAAGUUUCAUUUUAGCUUUCAAGAGUCACUUGAUAUACACUGAAAGAAGACAUAAGGUACAUCCUACAAAGGCCU